AUGGAAAUAUCUUUAUAACAAAAAGAUUCAAUAGUGAGUUAAAUUAAGAGCAAUUCUUGUAGAAUUACUCCUGUAAACAAAAACAUAGAUUUUACAGAAAUGACUAAUGAAUUAAAUUUAGGAAAAACUCAAUCUGAUGAUUAAGGAAUUAGAAAAUAAGAAAACAAUCAAUAAAAUUCAGAUUAAAUAUAAUAACAAUCACAAAAUUAGAGCGAGAAAAGAACAUUUUAAUUUUUAUUCAGAAAAUUUAAGAGUGUUAAUGCUAUCAACUAAUCUUAAGAAAUGAACGGAAAUAUUGACAGUGUUGCAUAUAGUGAGGAGAAUACUCAGCUGAAAAAAACAGGCACAGCAGAUACUCCAAAUAAUCAGCAAAAUAACGCUAGCUCAUAGCAGCUUGUUUAGCAAAAAAGAAGACCAGGGAUAGCAUUUUUUAACAAAUUUAAGUCAGCCUAUUAUGGCACUAAUGAAAAUCAAUAAAACAGCUUUGAUUUAUCAAAUGAAUAAAAAAUAUACACUUCUUUUUAGAAUCCAAGAGAGAAUAAUAUGUCUGAUUAAAAGAAUAAUAAAAGUAGAGGACUUUUUAAUUUUUUAAAGGCAGUAGCACUUUUAAGAACUAAAAAGGUAGUGCCUUAUAAAAAGAAGACUAAAGAAGAAAUCUAAAAACUGUUUAGAAAAGCAUAUAUGAUUGUGCUAGCUGUGAUAAGGCUGAAUAAAAUUUGCGAAGACAUAAGAAACUUUGGGACUUCACCAAAUUUAUUUGAUGUCGCAAUCAGGAAUAGAAUAGCCGUUAAAAAAGUUCUAUUUCCCUUAUCGUUUAAAGAAGAAGGACCUAAGGAAAAUGAAUAAAAUAAGAUAGAUUUUCCAUUAAUUAAGCCAAACAGUAAAAUCCAUUCAAUUUGGAGUCCAAUACUCCUAUGUUUAGUGUUCUAUUCAGCAACAGUAUUGCCAUAUAGAAUAGCUUUUUAGGAUGAUGUUUCUAAUGGGUGGGAUAUAUUUGAUUAUGUGAUUGAUGGCUUGUUUUGGAUUGAUUUAGUUAUUAAUAUGUUUAGCACUUAUUAUGAUGAUGAUAAUCAGCUUGUUAAAUCUAGAAAAGUAGUUAUACUUAAUUAUUUAAAAUCUUGGUUUAUUGUGGAUUUAAUUUGUUGUAUUCCAAUUGAUCUGAUUGCAGAAUAAUUCACUUCUACUUCAUAAGACAAUUACAAUACUGAUUAGACAAAUAGCAGUGUCCAAUCGUCUUCAUCUUCUAGUUCGUCCUCUAGCAGCCAAUAACUUAAAUUUUUAAAACUAGCAAAAAUAUCUCGCUUGUACAGAAUUCUAAAAAUUACAAAACUAAUUAAAAUGGUUAAAUAUUUUGGGAAUAAUAAUAAACUUCUUGAUUUUAUCUAGGUAAAUAGUGGCAUUCUUAGAUUAGUCAAUUUAUUUUUCUUCGUAUUUGUAGCUGUUCAUUUUAUAGGCUGCAUGUGGUAUUACGAAGCUAAGCUAUAUGAUUUUAAUGAAGAAACUUGGGUUUAUAGGAAGAAUCUAUUAGAUUCUGACAAUUCUACUCAGUAUUUAUAUAGUAUUUAUUUUGUUUUCUAGACAAUAACAACAGUAGGUUUCGGUGAUAUAAAUGCCUAUACGAAUGCUGAAAUCAUAAUGACUAUUUGUCUUAUGAUAUUUGGAGUUGGUUUUUAUUCUUCCACAAUUGGUAUUUUAAGCUCAGUAAUUUAAUACAUGGAUUCCAAAUAGAUUUUAUUUUCUAGAAAAUCUGAUAUUAUGAAUGAGUACUGUAAUGAAAUGAAAAUUCCUAACAGUGUAAAAAAACAGCUAAAAGAGGCUUUGCAAUACACAUUAGACAGAAACAGUUUUUUUUGGGCUAAUUAAAAUAAAAUAUUUGAUUAAUUGCCAAUGAAUUUGAAGUAUGAAAUUUGUAUGAAUAUUUACAAAGGAGUAAUGAAAACCUUUUCAUUUUUCAACUUAACUGAAGACUAAUCUUUUAUUGUUAGGCUUGUACCUCAGCUAAGGCCUCUCAAAUUAAAUCCAGGAGAUACAAUUUGGAACUAAAAAGAUGUAUCAGAUUCAAUUUAUCUCCUCAGCAAUGGCAGAGUGAAUUACAUGAAGUAAGUUGUAGAAGAUAUUAGAACAAAAGAGAGAAAGUCAAUAACUUUUAAAACAAUGAUUAACGGUUCGUAUUUUGGAGAAAUUGAUAUAAUUAUGGACAGAAAAAGAAAGUAUAGAUGUUAAGCUGAGACUGCUUGUGAACUUUACUACAUGACUAGAUAGGAAUAUGAAGUUAUAAUCAAAAAAGAAUUCCCUCAUAUACACCAAAAAUUAAAAAAAAUAGCAUUUGAUAGGGAAAAGAAAAACGAAGAAGCUCUAAAAGCUCUAAAAAAGCUACUGAGAUAGGCCAAAGAGGCCACUACUGAUUUUUAAGUAAAUAUAAAAUCUGCUAAUGAAUCUCCAUUAAAGGAAGAUGAGAGAAAGUCGAAAGGGAGAAAUAGUUUAAAAAAGCUAACUUUUAAAGCAGAAAAAGUCUAAACUGACAAUUAAAUGCAAGAGAAUUAAUCAAAAGAUCCAAAUUAAGAAUAAGAAUUUACACCAAUAUAAAAAUUUCAGAGAGCUGUUUAAUAAGUUAUUCGAAAUAAUUCUUUUUAAAACAGUAACUCAGCAUUUUAUUUUUCAGAAAACCAAGUUGAAUCAAAUAAAAGCAAAUAAAAAGACAGAGAUAUAAUCGAGUUUUAAAAAAGAUCUUAUUCAAAUACACCAAAUAAUAAUACUUCAAAAACUUAGGAAUGUUUGAUAAGCAAAUAAAAUAAAUUAGAAGAUAAUGAAAAUGAUACAAAUUUUAAUAAGAAAAAAAAUUAGAAGUCACAGUCUUCUAAGUCUUCAAAAUCAAUUACAAAUGUUAAAUCCUUAACUUCUUUGAAAAGUAACUUAAAUGUCUUACAUGAAGAUUAAUUAGAAGAAGAAAAUGAAAAUAAUCAAAAUUAAAUAAUCUCAAAAAAUAAUAGAAGUGAUUCAAGUCACCAUUUAAGUUAAGUAUCAGCAAAAUUAAAUUAGUAGUCAGACGACUAAGGGAGUGAAGAAUCUGCUUCAAAAAAUGAAGAAUCAGAGCAAACAAGCAAUCAAAGUUUGACUGAAGGAAAUUAUUCUGACAGUGAUGAAAGUGAUUAAGUUUUAAAUGAAGAUGAAGACGAAGAAUAUGACGAUGAUGAUGAUGAUGAUGAUUAUGAAGAGGAAGAAAUUAAUGAUGAAGAAGAUGAAGACGAUGAUGAUGAUGCUUAUGAUGAAGAUUAUAGUAGUGAUAUUUCAGAUGACUCUGAUAGUUUAGAAGAAAGUGAGUAAGAGGAAAGUGAUGAAAGUAAUAGUAAUAGCUCAUCAAGUAACACAAGUAAAGAAUCUAGUUAAGAUAAAUAAAAUGAAAAAAAUGAUAAAGAAGGAAUAAAAAAUGUAAAUAAUUAAGAUAACCAAGAAGUUGAUUACGUGAUAAGUAAUAGUCAACUAAGACCUUAAAGGAAAUCUAUUUUAAUAAAUGGUUCUAAAAAUGAAAAUGAAAAAUCAAACAAAAAGAAAGACUUAUCAAUUAACAUAAUCGAUAAUUAGCAAAUAUAAUCAAAUGCUGAUUUAUAAAGGAUACAUACCCUUAAAAGCUUGGAAAACUAAAGUUUAAAAAGCUUUACUUAGUUCUCGAAUUAAAAUAUGCUAAAUGAUAACAAAUCUUCUUAGUAGCUUUAGGAUAAAAAAAAUAUCAAAGAAACAACAAAAAAAGGAAAGGAUAAUUAAAAUAAAAUCAAAUUGAGUAAAAAAUCUUCAAAGACUUACUCAGAAAAAUCCUAAAAAGUCUAAUAAAACUAAGAAUCAGAGUACAUAUUUUUAAAAGAAGAGUUCAGGAAAAAUAAUAAAAAAAUGGAGAUUUUAGAAGAGAAAUUCAAAAAUUUGGAUACAAUUCUUCAAGAUUCUUUAAACUUGGCAGAAAUAUUGUAAAAAAAUAAAUGA